CCGGGGUCUUCCUGUUGGAUUGUAAAAUGGCGCAUUGUUGUCACAACUGCAGCGCGUCUAUUUUCUAUGGAUUAAGUAGCUAUUUAGAUUACUAAACUUAAUAUGUACUCCAUAAUGUGACAUAUGCUAAAGUCAGCAAUAGACUGGACAGAGGGGUUCAUUCAUUUGCGUGCAUACUUCGUCUUUGAGAUUGCUUGCUUGGUAAACAUUAUUAGCAUUAGCUAGCUAACAUUUUGUGCAGUUUUUUCAAGACAGCGGCACAAAUCCAAGGAAGAUGGGUUAUUUAAAACUGAUCGAGAUCGAGAACUUUAAGUCGUAUAAAGGAAGACAGAUCAUUGGACCUUUUCAUAAGUUCACGGCUAUCAUCGGACCCAAUGGAUCUGGAAAGUCCAACCUUAUGGAUGCCAUCAGCUUCGUGUUGGCAGAGAAGACCAGCAACCUGCGAGUGAAGACUCUGAAGGAUCUGAUCCAUGGAGCACCUGUAGGGAAGCCUGCUGCGAACAGAGCCUAUGUCAGUAUGGUGUACCAGGAGGAUAAUGGAGAGGAGCGCAACUUCACAAGGGGAAUCAUUGGUUCCUCCUCCGAGUACCGAAUCAACAGCAAGGUGGUGGGCCUGCCUGAAUACAGUGAAGAACUUGAGAAACUUGGCAUUCUAAUCAAGGCUAGGAACUUCCUCGUCUUCCAGGGAGCUGUGGAGUCUAUUGCCAUGAAGAACCCUAAGGAGCGAACAGCUCUGUUUGAGGAAAUCUCUCGGUCUGGAGAGCUGGCCCAGGAGUACGACCGCAGGAAGAAGGAAAUGGUGAAAGCAGAGGAGGACACGCAGUUUAAUUAUCAUCGUAAGAAAAACAUUGCUGCUGAGCGCAAAGAAGCCAAGCAAGAGAAAGAGGAGGCUGAGCGUUACCAGCGUUUGAAAGACGAGGUGGCCAGGGCUAGUGUUCAGUUGCAGCUCUUUAAGCUGUACCACAAUGAGACUGAGAUUGAGAAGCUGAACAAAGAGCUGGCCCAGCGCAACAAGGAGAUCGAUAAGGACCGCAAAAAGAUGGACAAUGUGGAGGAGGAGCUGAAGGACAAGAAGAAGGAGCUGGGCCGACUGAUGAGAGAGCAGCAGACCAUUGAGAAAGAAAUCAAAGAAAAAGACUCUGAGUUGAACCAAAAGAGGCCGCAGUACAUCAAGGCAAAAGAAAACACCUCACACAAGAUCAAGAAGCUCGAGGCAGCACGCAAGUCUUUGCAAAAUGCCCAGAAGAUGUACAAGAAACGCAAGGGGGACAUGGACGAGCUGGACAAAGAGAUGCAGGCGGUGGACUCGACCAAGCAAGAGUUUGAGGAGCGGAUGGAGGAGGAGGCGCAGAGCCAGGGCCAGGAUCUCACCCUGGAGGAGAACCAGGUCAAGCAAUACCAUCGUCUGAAGGAGGAGGCCAGUAAGCGAGCUGCCACCCUGGCUCAGGAGCUGGAGAAGUUCAACCGCGACCAGAAGGCCGACCAGGACCGCCUGGACUUGGAGGAGAGGAAGAAAGUAGAGACGGAGGCUAAAAUCAAACAAAAGAUUCGUGAAAUUGAGGAAAACCAGAAACGUAUUGAGAAAUUAGAGGAUUAUAUCACCACCAGCAGGCAGUCACUGGAUGAGCAGAAGCGCAUGGAGGAGGAGCUGACGGAGGAGGUGGAGGGUGCCAAAAGGAGAAUUGAUGAGAUCAACACAGAGCUUAACCAGGUGAUGGAGCAGCUGGGAGACGCCAGAAUCGACAGACAGGAGAACAGUCGCCAGCAGCGCAAGGCGGAGAUCAUGGAGAGCAUCAAAAGACUCUACCCUGGCUCUGUGUAUGGUCGUCUUAUUGACCUGUGCCAGCCCACCCAGAAGAAGUAUCAGAUUGCUGUGACCAAAGUGUUGGGCAAGAACAUGGACGCCAUCAUCGUUGACUCAGAGAAGACGGGCAGAGAUUGUAUUCAAUACAUCAAGGAGCAGAGAGGAGAGCCCGAGACCUUCCUUCCUCUCGACUACCUGGAGGUGAAACCAACAGAUGAGAAGCUGAGAGAGCUUCGAGGAGCCAAACUGGUGAUUGAUGUGAUCCGCUAUGAGCCUCCACACAUCAAGAAAGCCCUGCAGUAUGCCUGUGGCAACGCCCUGGUCUGUGACAACGUAGAGGAUGCACGGAGGAUCGCUUUCGGAGGGCCAUACAGACACAAGACGGUAGCCCUCGAUGGAACUCUGUUCCAGAAGUCUGGAGUCAUCUCUGGAGGAGCCAGCGACCUGAAGGCCAAGGCCAGGCGCUGGGAUGAGAAGGCAGUCGACAAGCUCAAGGAGAAGAAAGAAAAACUCACUGAAGAGCUCAAGGACCAAAUGAAGGCCAAGAGGAAGGAGGCGGAGCUGCGUCAGGUGCAGUCUCAGGCCCACGGUUUGCAGAUGAGACUCAAGUACUCCCAGAGUGAUCUGGAACAGACCAAAACCCGCCACCUCUCCCUCAACAUGCAGGAGAAAUCUAAGCUAGAGAGUGAGUUGGCAAACUUUGGCCCUCGCAUCAACGACAUCAAAAGGAUCAUCCAUUCCCGGGAGAAGGAGAUCACGGACCUGCAAGACCGCAUGAACCUGGUGGAGGAUGAGGUGUUUAUUGAAUUCUGUAAGGAGAUUGGAGUGAGGAACAUCAGAGAGUUUGAGGAGGAGAAGGUGAAGAGGCAGAAUGAGAUUGCAAAGAAGCGUCUUGAGUUUGAGACCCAGAAGACCCGUCUGGGUAUCCAGGUAGACUACGAAAAGAACCAGCUGAAGGAGGACCAGGAGAAAGUCAUGAUGUGGGAGCAGACUGUCAAGAAAGACGACGCUGAAAUAGAACGACUAAAGAAGGAGGAGCACAGACACAUGAAGAUCAUUGAUGAGACAAUGGCCCAACUCCAGGACCUGAAGAACCAGCACCUCACCAAGAAGUCUGAAGUCAACGAUAAGAACCAUGACAUGGAGGAGAUCCGCAAAAAACUGGGUGGCGCCAACAAGGAGUUGACUCAGCUCCAGAAAGAGGUCACAGCCAUUGAGACCAAACAAGAGCAGAAGCGCAGCGAUCGUCACAACUUACUGCAAGCCUGCAAAAUGCAGGACAUCAGGUUGCCUCUGCGAUCAGGAACAAUGGAUUAUAUGAGCCAGGGAGAGGGGAGCUCCCAGCCAGAAGAGUCCAACAGCCAGAGGACGUCCAGCACUGUUCUGGCUAAAGAGGCUCUCAUAGAGAUCGACUAUGGUAUCCUGACUGAAGACCUUAAGGAUGCACUGUCGGAGGAAGAGUUCAAGGGCGAGACCAACACACUGCAGCAGCGUCUGAACGAGCAGCAGAGCAUCCUCCAGAGGAUCAGUGCACCCAACAUGAAGGCCAUGGAGAAGCUGGAGAGCGUCCGGGACAAGUUCCAGGAGACCAGUGAUGAGUUUGAGGCUGCUCGUAAGAGAGCCAAGAAAGCCAAGCAAGCCUUUGAGCAGAUUAAGAAGGAGAGGUAUGAUCGCUUCAAUAACUGCUUUGAGUCCGUCGCCACCAACAUCGAUGAGAUCUACAAGGCCCUCUCACGCAACAGCAGUGCCCAGGUAUGCCUCCGCCCAGUAAACCCCGAUGGAGGAUACUUGAACUCCUUCACUUGGGGAACCAAGUCCAGUGAGAGGCUGAAGGCGUCGCAGACGAUGAAGCCAGUCCAGAACCACAUCAUCUGCAAAAAGUCCAGUGGUGCAAUUCCUUCAGUCCCGACCCGAACUGCUAGACCCCCUCCCCACGACUACCCCUCGAAGCCGCCCAGUGAUCCCAAGCUCACUCCACACGUGUGCCGCGAUUAG